GCUCCAUCAGUUCCCUAGACAGGACAGGAGCUUCCUGACCCCUGCGGGGCCACCCCACCCCACAUCCAGCUGUGGAUACCUCAACGAAAACAGCUCUGCGUACCAGCCACCUGUGGAGAUGUGCCGUUCCUUCCCCUCCUCCCAGGGCAUGGCCCAGGAAGACCCCAUUGCCUACCAGUGCCAGAUGUCCAAGUCCUGCCUCCAGUACCCUCAUCAGGGCUUCAAACAGGAGUACCAUGACCCGCGGUAUGAGCAAGCAAGCCAGGCGGGCAGCAGCCAUCAGUAUCCAGCAGCUGUAGUCAUCAAGCAGGAGCAGGUGGACUACGUGUAUGACUCAGGCUGCAGCUAUGACAAGCAGAUGAGGUCCUUUACUGACGAUGUCUGUGUUGUUCCAGAAAAAUUUGAAGCAGGAGACAUCAAGCAGGAAGCCGGAGGGUACCGGGAAGGACCUCCAUACCAGAGACGGGGAUCUCUUCAGCUCUGGCAAUUUCUUGUGGCUUUACUGGAUGAUCCGACCAAUUCCCACUUCAUUGCCUGGACUGGUAGAGGGAUGGAGUUCAAGCUCAUUGAGCCAGAAGAGGUAGCCAGGCUGUGGGGUAUCCAAAAGAACCGUCCAGCCAUGAACUAUGACAAGCUGAGCCGAUCCCUUCGCUACUAUUAUGAGAAAGGCAUCAUGCAGAAGGUGGCUGGAGAGCGCUACGUGUACAAGUUUGUGUGUGAGCCUGAAGCCUUGUUCUCUCUGGCCUUCCCUGAUAAUCAGCGGCCAACUCUGAAGGCUGAGUUUGACCGGCAGAUCAGUGAGGAGGACACAGUGCCUCUUUCUCACCUGGAUGAGAAUGUCACUUACCUGCCGGACCUUGGAAGCCUCCCUCCACAGCUUUACAGCAAAGGCUACACGUACUAGCAUUGCUGGGAGCACACUGUGCCAGCCUUACUUGUGUAUAUAAGGAGAUGUCUGGUUAGUAUUCAAUCAAUAUAAGCGUUUUUGCAGGCCAGCCUAGGGCAACACUAAACUAUGAAUACCUGCUUUGGUCAGGAAAA